AUGUUCACGUCCGAGCAGCACAUCGAGGUUGAUACUGGGUUCGAAACCGACUCGGCCGUCGGCACCAUCGAGGACCAGCUGUCGGCGUACUCGCAAUCGCUCUCGUCCAGCGUCGUGAACUACCCGGUCGAGAACGGGCGCCGCUACCACGCCUACAAAGAUGGCGCCUACUUCAUGCCCAACGACGAGAACGAGCAGGACCGGCUCGACCUGCUGCACCACAUGGUGAUGCUGGCCACGGGCAGGAAGCACUUCUUCGCGCCGAUCGGGAAGGAAAAGCUGAAGCGCGUGUUGGAUGUCGGGACGGGGACGGGCAUAUGGGCGAUUGAGGUUGCGGACGAUCAUCCGGAUGCCGAGGUGCUGGGCAACGACCUCUCGCCUGUGCAGCCGCAUUGGGUGCCGCCGAAUGUGAAGUUUGAAGUCGACGACGUCGAAGCGCCCUGGACGCACGCUACGCCCUUCGAUCUCAUCUACGCUAGGCAGCUGGACGGCUCGAUUUCCGACUGGCCGGCGCUCAUCGGGAACAUGUUCAAGUGCACCAGGCCGGACGGCUGGACCGAGCUCCACCUCUUCGACACGCACUACAGAUCCGACGACGGAUCGCUGAAGGCCGACGCGCAUAUCAACCAUUUCCUCGCAACGCUGGAGGAGGGUUGCAAGAAGCUCGGGAAAGAACUGUAUCCGGGACCGUUGGCCGAGGGGUGGCUGAAAGAUGCAGGCUUCGUCAAUGUGCAUACACGCGUGUAUAAGAUUCCUCUGGGCCCUUGGCCCAAGGAUCCGAAGAUGAAAGAGGUCGGUCUUGUGAAUCUGAUGCAGUACCUUGAUGGACUGGAGGCUUUUUCGUUCCGUAUGUUCACCAACGUCCUGGGUUGGAAGCUCGAAGAGGUAAAGGUCAUCAAUGCGGAGGUGAGGGAGGAGCUGAAGAACAAGUCGAUUCAUCCGUACUACACGUUCCACGUUGCGUACGGUCAGAAACCAGAGUGA